AUGUCAUUAUCUAACAAAUUGUCAGUUAAAGACUUGGACGUCACUGGUAAAAGAGUCUUUAUCAGAGUUGACUUCAAUGUUCCAUUGGAUGGUAAAACAAUCACCAACAAUCAAAGAAUUGUUGCUGCUUUGCCAACUAUCAAAUACGUUGAAGAGCACAAGCCAAAGGCAAUCAUCUUGGCUUCUCAUUUGGGAAGACCAAAUGGUGAGAAGAACGACAAGUACUCUCUUAAACCAGUUGCCGCUGAAUUAGAGAAAUUAUUGGGUAAGAAGGUGACUUUCUUGGACGAUUGUGUAGGUCCAGAAGUUGAAAAAGCUGUCAAUUCCGCUUCCAGUGGUGAGAUCUUUUUGUUGGAAAACUUGCGUUUCCACGCUGAAGAAGAAGGCUCACACAAGGAUAAGGAUGGUAAAAAGGUUAAAGCUGACCCAGAAGCCGUCAAGAAAUUUAGAGAUCAAUUGUCAUCAUUGGCGGAUGUCUACGUCAAUGAUGCGUUUGGAACUGCCCACAGAGCCCACUCUUCAAUGGUUGGUGUCGAAGUACCACAAAGAGCUGCUGGUUUCUUGAUGUCCAAGGAAUUGGAAUAUUUUGCUAAGGCAUUGGAGAACCCAGCUAGACCAUUCUUGGCUAUCUUGGGUGGUGCCAAAGUUUCCGACAAGAUCAAGUUGAUUGAUAACUUGUUGGACAAGGUGGACUUGUUGAUCAUUGGUGGUGGUAUGGCCUUUACUUUCAAAAAGGUUUUGGACAACAUGGCCAUUGGUAACUCUCUUUUCGAUGAAGAUGGAGCCAAGAAUGUCAAGGAUUUGGUUGCCAAGGCCAAGAAGAACAAUGUUGAGAUCAUCUUGCCUGUGGAUUUCAUCACUGCUGACAAGUUUGACAAGGAUGCUAAAGUUGGCGAAGCUGACGAUAAGGACGGCAUUCCAGAAAACUGGAUGGGUCUUGAUUGCGGUCCAAAAUCAAGAAAGUUGUUUGACGAUGCUGUUGCCAAGGCCAAGACUAUCGUUUGGAACGGUCCACCAGGUGUUUUUGAAUUUGACAAUUUUGCCGGAGGUACCAAGAACUUGUUGGAUGCUGCUGUCAAGUCAGCUGAAAAUGGAAACAUUGUCAUCAUUGGUGGUGGUGAUACUGCUACUGUUGCCAAGAAAUACAAUGCUGUUGACAAAUUGUCUCACGUUUCCACUGGUGGUGGUGCUUCCUUGGAAUUGUUGGAAGGUAAGGAAUUGCCAGGUGUAGUUGCUCUUUCCAACAAAAACUAA